ACACACAAAUCAGCCUAGCCUUGGCAACGUGCAGUGGUCACUAGCUAUACGUCACACACAUUCCAUUCAUCUCUCUUUUUGGGUUAUCUUUUGGCUGUUAUUUUAAUAAUAUGGCAACUGAAGUUGAAGCGCCUCAGUCGACACGCCGGUUGGACGUGCUGGCGCGCCCGAAGCAGCUGCCUCCAACAUAUCGCGAGGACAGGAGGUCUGUUUAUUGGUUAGACAAGCCCCCUCUUAUGCCUGGAUCAGAUGGUACAACAAAAUUUGCUUGUACAGACUGGGUAGCAGCCCUUAGCAACCACAAGCCCAUAUACAGCAGAUAUGUCAGUGACAGGCCUUCACCGAAGUCAGUAGUCAGCAAAGCAGCCCAGAAUGCCGAAGCGAGUGAGCGCGUUGCAUUUCUUGCUGAGCCUAAGGACUGGGCUCGUCAUUUCACCCUCCACCGACCCGUGAUGACACACGUCACCAAAGGUGCACAGCAAGCCACCGCAUCAGAGCGCAUUGAAUUCUUGGCAAAGCCAAAGACAUACCAACCUCUCAAGAUCAAGGAAAGCUGGGACUAUGACAUUAACGAAUGGGACAAUGAAAUUUCAUCCGCUGCCAAGAAUGCGCGGUGUUCUGAACGCCUCGAAACUCUGGCUGAACCCAAAGCACUGCACAACCAUUUCCGUUUCGCCAAGCCGAUAAGGUGGAACACGGAGGACUCUACAUUGAAAGCCAUCGCCACAUUGCGACUGCAACAGCUAGCUCGGCCCAAGAGUCGAGGGAAGAAUGAGCAAUAUGACCCAUAUAAAGUCUCUUCAGCUGCCAUUCAUGCUAGAUCCACUCCUAGGAUAGAUGAACUAUGUGCGCCUAUACCACGGAAGAUGCGUCAAAAGAAGCCUUAGGAAAUAUAAACUGAGUAUUCUUUUUAAUAUUGUUGAAUAUAUUUAUCUAAUUUGUAUGUACCUCAGUCAAGUAAGCUUACAGAAGAAAAAAAAAGAAAACUUUACUCAUAUUUUAUGAUAUAUGAUAUCAUAUGAUAUACUACCAUUAUUCAUCGUUUUUGAUGCCAUAUGUAUGUUGCAAUAUUUAUAUUCUAAGUAUGCACACAGUCAUUAUGAAUUUUGAUAGGUGUGCUAUUAAAACUCUGAUUUAUUGAUGAACUUCCCAAAAGAAAAAUUCUUUAAUUUUCUCAAAAUAUGUGUAUUUGUCAAGUUAUCAAAAUUUUCCUCAAGACGUCAGUUUGCUUCCAGUGCCUAAUGAUGACACAAUACUUCAGAAGGUGUUUUUUAUGAUAACUCUAUACUUCAACUGUUUGGUAAUAGCAUCUAUUUACAUAAUAAUUCAUGUGUAUGGAAUUAUAUAUAACUUUUUUAUAGCAGUUAAAAGUGGAGUUUAUACAUGUAUCAACCUUUUUUUUCUUUUACAUUUCUGCAUGAUACCAAGGUGAUCUGUUAUUCCAAAUGUAUAUGCAACAUCAUUGGACAAUAGAAUUGAAAACAUGCAAAUUACCUGUUACAAUCAUUCAGUAGCACAUCUAGCUGGAUGAAUGAGUCACAUUAUUUUACGCAAUGGGGGCCCCUCUAUAAUAUUGUUGCUUAUCUGGCUAGCUCUGCCACUGGCACUGCUACAUAUACCAUAAUGGUUAGCAGUAUAGCAACUAACAUGAUUAAAAUUUAUACAAGUGUCAAUACCAUUCUUUCACUCGUAACCUAAGUACAUUUACAGUGUUCCAGUUUUCACAAAGUGACAUGAGCAAACAAAGAAAGGAAAUCGUGUUUUAAAUGACUACACAGUGUAUAUAGAAUUCUACAAGAGCAGAUUGAUUGCAAUAGUGUUCUACAUCGAUAACUGAAUUAAUGUUCAGUGGGAUUUUCCUAAAGUGACAAAUACUAUGAAUUGCCAACUGUCACUUUGUGAAAACAGAAGAGUGACUUGAAACUUUGUCAAGCACAAGAAGUCAGUGAAUGAAAUAAAAUGAUAGUAAAAACACCAAAACUUGCAAUGCUUAGUGGUUUUGACAGAAUAGGACUAUUUACAUGGAGUUUCAACUUGUUUUUACAUGUUCAUGUACAUGGUGUAUCUCAUACUAUACCAUCUCAUUAGAGCUCAUUGUAGAAAAACAGAUUAGUCAUUGAUUGACGUGUCUGUCGAUCUGCUACCAUUCUUUGUAUGACAAUUACUGCUAUGAGAAUAUUAUCUCAUACAUGCAAACUUAUAUGAUCUUUCUGUGUUUCCCCAGAUAUUUAUAAAAACUUGGAAAUGAAAUCAUGGCAUUGAAAGUAGUAAAUGAAUCAAUGUAUUCUUAUUCUUAAUGCUAGCUAGCAUCAUUGAAAAUUGUUAUGAUCUGUAUGUAAUGGAAAGCAUCUUGUUUUGCCAUUGAACUUUAUGAAAAAAAAAUCAGAUUAACUAUGCACAAUUCUUUUGACAAAUGUUUUAUUGGCAAUAAAUAAUUAAAUGAUGCUGUAUUAAACUUUGAAAAUUAGGUUUUAUCUGCAAUUCUGCAUGCAUAUUGCCCCAUUUAUGACAUUACUAUGAAAAGCCAUAUACUCUUGAUAUUGUGCUAAUACUUUACAGUAUUUUAAAAGUAAUUUUGCUAUCAUGAAUUUAUAGCAAUCUUUUUAUAUUACUAUGCAAAUCGUGUUACCGUCCACACAACUUACCUAUGCACAGUAUGUCUGUAAAUAUAUUAUUCUUUGUCAUUAUCUGUUACUUUUUGGUGGUGGUAUAAUUUUGUUGCAUGCUUGUGUGUCUCAAAGGAGCUAAACAUCAAUAAAUCAGUUGGUACUUGGU